AUGGAAGAUAAAGCAAUGUUUCAUAAUGAUAAAGAACAUGUUGGGAUAAAAUCUUCCACCUUGAGAUCAUUAUUUGGGUUCAAGGAUAAAGUUUCUUUAUCAUCAACUAUAGUUGCGAAACCGAACGAAGAAUCUAAUAACAAUGACACAUCCGCUGAAGAGCAUUGCAGCCAAUUUACAUCAACAAUAACUAAAACAGUGCAUAUCAGAGUGCCAUUAUUAGAUGUCUUUCAAGAACCCAAAUUCCAUGAUUAUCAUUGGAAAUUGAAAUUAUUACCUCAAUGGCAAACAUAUUUACUCAUAUAUGUUUGUUUAACAAAUGGAGAUUCUUUAAUAACUCAAUUAUAUCAAGAUAUAAAAGAAUUUAUUGAUUAUUAUCAAAAAUUAGAUGAGGUUGCUAUUUUAAUUCAUUCAUCAAAUCAAUCAUUUCAUUAUUCAAUGCUUAAAUAUUGUUCUCCCAUAUUUGUAAUAAAUAUGGUUAUUUCUAAUAGUAAGUGGUUAUAUUUGAUUAAUAACUAUAUGAUGACAUCUGUAUUUAAAGAAAUGAAUUUACAAAUGGUUAAAUAUUAUAACUUUGGAUUUCCAAGAGUGGUGUUGUCAGUAUUUGGGAUACCAGCUCUGGUGAAUAAACAGGAGUUGAUUUCAUUUUUUGAAAAAUUAGGAAAGUUGAUUUCAAUCAAAUUUGCACCAAUUGGGAAAUUAACAAAAUUUCAUGUUAUAUCAUUACAAUUCUCUAGAUUUCUGAAUUUCACAGUUAUAAAAUCUCAAAUUUUAAAAUUCAAAUCUGCCUAUUUAUCAUCAAAACAGGCAUUAACACUUACAAAGAAACAAAAGAAAACAAGUGAUCUUGUAUUAUAA